UUUUAUUUUUUCAUCACAGUUAAAAAUGUGGAACCCAGUUCUCUAACUACCACUGCAUAGUGUUCUGAGCAACUACCACUUCCCUAGUGUUCAUAAAAAGUUUCAGUCUUGGCAAAGAAAGUGAAGCAGAAAGUCAAAGCACUCUUACCAGGUCAUAAUCUAAAUUUGUACAUAUCUCUCUUAUGGACCUGGCUUUGGCGUCUCCGUUGUUCCCUUCAAAUGUAACAAGAGGUGUCGAUAAGAUUAAGCCUUUUAGCUCAAUGUUUGCCACCCGAAAGGUGCCUGCUCGAAAAUUGUUUCCUUGUUUGGCAGCAGUUGCUACCCAAACACCCCAGACAGUGGAGUUUGAUGUAGAGAGCAAGAAAUAUGAGCUGUUGAGAGCUGUCCAAGACACAAAAAGGGGCCUUGUUACAACCGACGAUCAACGCUCUUCUAUAGAGGAGGCUCUGGUGACUGUGGAGGGAUAUAACAAGGGUGCACCUUUAGACUUGGUGAAGUUGGAUGGGACAUGGCGGUUGCAAUAUACUUCUGCCCCUGAUGUCCUCAUUCUUCUGGAAGCAGCUGAAAGGAUAUCUUUCUUUCAGGUGGGGCAGAUAUUUCAAAAAUUUGAAUGCAAAGACCAAUCCAACGGCGGUAUAAUCCGUAAUGUUGUCAAAUGGAGUGUUCCACCAUUGUUAGAGGAAGAAGACGGUGCUACUCUUCUAGUUUCUGCCAAGUUUUCUGUUGUUUCCGUGCGUAACAUCUAUCUUCAGUUUGAAGAGAUUAGUGUUCAAAAUAUAAAAAUUGGUGAACAGCUGCAGGCUCUUAUAGCUCCAGCAUUACUGCCGAGGUCAUUUUUGAGUUUACAGAUCUUACAGUUCCUCCGCACUUUCAAAGCCCAAAUUCCUGUUAGUGAUCCAGGAACAGGAAGGCAAUCCGUAGGAGGACUCUAUUACCUUUCUUACUUGGAUGCUAAUAUGCUUUUGGGGCGUGCGGUUGGUGGCGGAGGAGUUUUUGUUUUCACUAAAGCUCAACCCCUGGAGUAAGCACACUACCCUCUACUUCCAUGUGGAAGAAAGCUGGCCGGGAAAGACAUGGAUGGCAUGCAUGGAACUCUUCAGGUGAAGUAAAACUUAUGUGCCACGAGUACCUACAGCUUAUGCCUUUCUCAUCGCAUGCCUAGUGAUAAGAGAGUGAGACAGCAUUUGGACUAUCUGAAGAUAGAUCAACAAAUAUGAAUUAUAUACCAGCGAAAGUUCUGAACCCCUUCUGCCGCUCUGUUAUACAUCCCCUGAUUGGUUCUAUAGCAUAUCUCAUGCCAUUUGAGUGAAACCUUAAUUGAUACAUUGUAGAUUAUGUGUGGUCGUUUGGUUCAGGAUAUUGACUCGAUUACGUACCUUCCAUGUAUAGACUGAUUGUAUGCAUACAGAUGAGUGAUUGCAAUGAUAGUACAUGAAUUCAAACUGGAAUAAA